AUGCCCACGUCUUUUAGUUCACCUCAUUUCAUACCUCCGCAAAAUGCUCAGACAUCGUUCGCUCACUAUCGUACGCUGCCCUUGGGUAACAUCAUUCCUCAGCCGAGUCUUUUUCCACCUCAUCUUAGCAGCGUUUUUCCACCAUUUCCACCACCAGCAGCAGCAGUUGUAGCAACAGCAGCACCUCCACCUCCUCCGCCACCUCCACCGCCACCACCGCCAAUACGACCACCACCAGCAGCGACUGAUUGGCCGAAUACGCCACCAUUGCCGCCACCGCCACCUCCAGGUUUGCUUAAACUUUGCAAAAAUGCUUAA